AUGCUUCCCUCUACCACAGACGACCUACUGUUCUCUUGCUUAUCUCCCGCAAAUCUUUUCCGGUAUGCCGCGACAUGCAAAACUGCGCGCAGUCGGGUUUCCUCAUACUGUCAACGGGCUUUCAAGAUCGAAAAUCAAUUGAAACACUUCUUUACAGAAGAGGAAAUACGUUAUUUUCGCUACUGGCAAUCGCGAACGGGGAUGCUGAUCUCUGGAUCAACUGCACUCCAGUUCUUGGAUAGAUCCUUCUACCCUGAUUCAGACUUGGAUAUAUACGUUGAGCACCUAUACGCAGAUCGAAUGGCGUACUGGCUGUUUAGUAUUGGUUACGAGUUUGUACCACGGAAGCAACAAGACACGGAUUUUCGCCUUGCCUAUCAAGAAAUUCACUCCGGUACUCCCCAGCAUUUCCACGCGUUUUUUCCAGCAGAGACCAUAGGAUACUUCGGGAAAGGAGUUGGCGAAGUUUAUGAUUUCCACAAGUCAGAUCCAGAUAGAAAAAUUCAGUUGAUUACUUCCUACCACUCUCCUCUGGAGGUCAUUCUCAACUUUCAUUCUACUUGCGUGAUGAAUUUAAUCACCCACGAAAAAGCUUAUUCAUUAUACCCCCGGUCUACAUUUGAGGAGAGAAGAUCCUUACAUUCAAGUGAUGGAUCGUGGCGGGCGGACUCUCAGAUGGUGGCCAAAAAUAAGUAUGCAGGGAGGGGUUGGCUUAUUGUGGAUAGGCUCACACAGGCCGAGAUCGACGACAGAACGUCAGCAUUUGCGUAUGGUAGACGCGUCAUUGGGGAUCAGUAUUGUUGGACGGUGGACCUCCUUCCAAAACUCGCAGAUUUGCCUCAAGGCUUUGUAGAGUCGAAUUCUUGGGGGUUAUAUUUUACUCAAGAUCGCCAAGCAGAAAUGAACUUUUCGUUGCUCAAGAUGCCAGAACUUCGCUUCAGUUACACUGUUGCAGAUGAGAUCAUUAAAGGUUAUAUUUCUCCCGCUCUGCAGGAAGGCGUGGCCCCACCGCGCGAUGACUUGGACGUGGAUUUGAGAAUGCUUAUCAAAUGGUGGAGGGAAGAUCAAGCAAAUAAAAGGCGCCAGCUGCUAUGA